AUGUCUUCCCGACCCGAGUUAAAGGUCGAUGACGAACACGGAUUCAUACGUUUCUUUAAAUCAUUGCCGUCCGUAGGCGAAGAAACUGUUCGUAUAUUCGACCGAGGCGACUGGUACACCGCCCACGGCCAAGAUGCGAAUUUCAUUGCGAGAACCGUCUACAAAACCACCUCUGUUGUGCGACAGCUAGGACGAAAUGAUGCCAGCGGCCUACCAUCCGUUACUAUGACAGUCACCGUAUUCAGACAAUUCCUUCGAGAAGCUCUGUUCAAGCUUGGAAAGCGUGUCGAGAUAUAUGCUAGCAGCGGUAGCCGAAUGAAUUGGAAGAUUGUCAAGCAAGCCUCACCAGGGAAUCUGCAGGAUGUAGAAGAGGAGCUCGGAGGACAAUUCGAGUCUGCGCCCAUGAUACUGGCUGUCAAGAUUUCGGCUAAGGCUUCUGAAGCCAGGAGUGUAGGCGUUUGUUUUGCUGAUGCCAGUGUUCGAGAACUUGGAGUUAGCGAGUUUCUUGACAAUGACCAAUACUCAAACUUCGAAGCCCUCCUUAUUCAGCUUGGUGUUAAGGAGUGUCUCGUCCAAAUAGACAGGGCCGAAAAAGACAAAGACCCUGAAUUAGCCAAGCUUAAGCAGAUUAUAGACAACUGUGGAGUUGCAAUGGCUGAGAGACCAGCUGGUGAUUUUGGAACAAAAGACAUCGAGCAGGACCUUGCUCGAUUGCUGAAGGAUGAGAGAUCCGCAACUCUGCUUCCACAGACUGAUCUCAAGUUGGCCAUGGGGUCCGCGGCAGCAUUGGUCAAAUAUCUAGCUGUUCUCCAAGACCCAUCCAACUUUGGUCAGUACCAGCUGUACCAGCACGACCUAUCUCAAUUUAUGAAGCUCGAUGCUGCCGCCCUCAAAGCUCUUAAUCUAAUGCCUGGUGUAAGGGACGGCUCUAAGACAAUGAGCUUGUACGGAUUGCUUAAUCACUGCAAGACACCGGUCGGUAGCCGGUUAUUGUCUCAAUGGUUGAAACAGCCCCUGAUGAACAAAGAUGAGAUCGAAAAGCGCCAACAAUUAGUUGAAGCUUUCGUUAAUGAUACGGAACUACGCCAGACCAUGCAAGAGGAGCACCUCAAGUCUGUACCGGACCUCUACCGGUUAGCAAAACGAUUUCAACGAAACAAGGCAAACUUAGAAGACGUCGUUCGAGCAUACCAGGUUGUUAUUCGUUUACCCGGGUUCCUAGGAACACUGGAGGGCGUGAUGGAUGAGAAGUACAAAGACCCAUUAGACGAGGCAUAUACAAACAAAUUAAGAGGGUUUUCUGAUAGUCUCGGAAAGCUCGCUGAUAUGGUGGAAACUACUGUUGACCUCGAUGCCCUUGAUAACCACGAGUUCAUUAUCAAGCCCGAGUUCGAUGAUAACUUGCGCAUUGUGCGGAGAAAACUCGACAAGCUCAGGUCGAAUAUGGAUAACGAAUUCCGAAAAGCGGCAGACGAUCUGAACCAAGAAGAAAACAAGAAGAUAUUCCUUGAAAACCACAAGGUUCAUGGUUGGUGCAUGCGGCUAACGAGAACUGAAGCUGGCUGUAUUCGCAAUAAUUCCCAUUACCAGGAGUGCUCGACACAGAAGAACGGCGUGUACUUCACCACGAAGUCGCUACAAUCAUAUCGCCGGGAGUUCGAUCAGCUAUCUCAGACCUACGACAGGACACAAAAAGGCUUAGUCAACGAGGUUGUAAGUGUUGCCGCGUCUUAUAGUCCUGUGCUUGAACAGCUUGCUGGCGUAUUAGCACAUCUGGACGUCAUCAUAUCAUUCGCGCACUGCUCAGUCCACGCGCCCACAUCCUACGUUCGUCCUACCAUCCAUCCUCGAGGGGAGGGAUCCACCAUUCUGAAGGAGGCUCGUCAUCCGUGUAUGGAGAUGCAAGAUGAUAUACAAUUUAUCACAAAUGAUGUCGAACUCCGUCGCGACGAAUCCUCUUUCUUAAUUAUCACAGGACCUAACAUGGGCGGUAAAUCAACCUACAUCAGACAGAUUGGUGUCAUCGCGCUCAUGGCGCAAAUCGGAUGCUUUGUUCCUUGCACUGAAGCGGAGCUCACUAUCUUCGAUUCUAUACUCGCGCGUGUCGGCGCUAGUGACUCACAACUCAAGGGAGUCUCGACGUUCAUGGCGGAGAUGUUGGAGACAGCGAAUAUCCUCAAGUCAGCGACAGCUGAGUCGCUAAUCAUCAUCGACGAGCUAGGCCGCGGCACAUCAACCUACGACGGUUUCGGGCUAGCCUGGGCUAUCAGCGAGCACAUCGUCAAGGAGAUCGGCUGCUCCGCCAUGUUCGCGACGCACUUCCACGAGCUGACGGCGCUCGCAGACCAACACCCGCAGGUGCGCAACCUACACGUGACGGCGCAUAUAUCGUCGGCCGGCGAGGGCGUCGACAAGCGCGAGGUCACGCUGCUGUACAAAGUCGAGCCCGGCAUCUGCGACCAGUCGUUCGGUAUCCACGUCGCGGAGCUGGUGCGAUUCCCAGAUAAGGUGGUGCGCAUGGCCAAGCGCAAGGCAGACGAGCUGGAAGACUUCACGGCCAAGCACGAGAACAUGCAGCAGAACUACGGAAAAGAAGACGUGGAAGAAGGUAGCGCCAGACUGAAGGAAGUGCUGGUCCGCUGGAAGGACGAGGUCAAGGGCGGAAGCAUGAGUAAGGAGGAGAUGGUAAGCCGUCUAAGAGAGCUCGUCAGCAAGGACGAGAAGCUCCUGGCGAACCCGUUCUUCACCGCCGUCAAGGCUUUGUGA